AUGGCGACUCCUACCCAGACUGAGAUCGCGCUGGAGAAGACGGCUGCGCACCAUGUCGAGGACACUCUGGGUCACGGUGCGAUUAUCGAAGCAAAGCAGGCAAGUGACGAGGAGCAUGCCCAGACUCUGUUCCAGGCACUGCGCGACAAUCGCAAGGCUGUCGCGUGGUCAAUGCUGAUCUCGAUGUCCAUUAUCAUGGAAGGAUAUGAUACAAUUCUCAUGGGAAACUUCUACGGUUAUCCCUCUUUUACGGAAAAGUACGGAAGCUACUAUGCCAAGGACGAUAACUAUCAGGUGUCAGCCCCGUGGCAGUCAGGACUCAGUAUGGCUAGUACGGUGGGAUGUAUCUUUGGCGGUAUUAUGAAUGGAUACUUUGCAUCGAAAUUCGGAUACCGAGGGGUUAUGAUCGUGGCACUGGCCUUCCUGACUGCCUUCAUCUUUAUCACCUUCUUCGCCAACUCAGCCGCCGUCCUUCUUGUCGGUCAGAUUCUCUGUGGAUUCUCCUGGGGAGUCUUCGCGACUGUUGGACCCGCCUACGCAUCCGAAGUCUGUCCCACAAAUCUGCGUGGGUACCUCACCAUCUACGUGAACAUGUGCUGGGCCAUCGGUCAACUCAUUGCAUCUGGCGUUCUGUACGGCCUGGUCGACCGACAUGAUCAGUGGUCGUACCGUAUUCCGUUCGGUCUGCAGUGGAUCUGGCCCGUGCCAUUGAUCGUAAUCUGCUGGUUCGCCCCUGAGAGCCCAUGGUACCUCGUGCGCAAGGAUAGACUCGAAGAUGCCAAGCGCAGCAUCCGUCGACUUGGAGGAAACAAGACCGAGGAUCAAAUCAACGGACAAUUGGCGAUGCUGGUGCACACGACUAAGAUCGAAGCCGAAAUCGAGGCCGGAACAACAUAUGCCGAGUGCUUCAAGGGAGUGGAUCUACGCCGCACAGAAAUUUGCUGCGUAGCCUUCAUGGGCCAGAUCAUGGCUGGUAGCUCGUUCGCUUACACGCCCACUUAUUUCUUCGAGCAAGCCGGCAUGAGCGUCAACCGAUCUUUCCAGCUUGGAGUUGGAUGUACAGCCGUCAGCUUUGUCGGUACCGCACUAUCCUGGUUCCUGAUCACCAAGUUUGGACGACGAACCCUCUACGUCUGGGGUCAGGGCAUUCUCGCCACUCUCCUAUUCCUGGUCGGAAUUAUCAGUGCUGCAACAUCUUCUACCGGUGCUAUGUGGGCUCAAGCAGCACUCUGCAUGAUGUGGCUCUUUGUCUACUCCUUGACAGUCGGACCAAUCGCCUACUCCGUUGUCUCGGAGAUUUCCUCCGUCCGCCUUCGAACCCUCACCGUUUGUCUUGCACGGACAGCCUACCAGCUGAUCAACGUUGUCUCGCAAGUCUUGGAGCCUUACUUCAUGAACCCAACCGCAUGGAACGCGUCUGGUAAAACCGGCUUUUUCUGGGGCAGUACCGCUUUGAUCGCAUUUACAUGGGCCUUCUUCCGUCUACCGGAACCCAAGGACCGUACCUACGCUGAAUUGGACAUCCUCUUUGCCACGAAGGUUCCUGCACGCAAAUUCUCCUCGACUCACGUUGAUGCGUACGCGGCCGUGUCUGCAUCUUCACAGGAGGGUCUCGUCCGGGAGGAGGCUGUUCAAGAAGUCAAAGAGUGA